AUGAUCAUUGGGUACUUGGUUUACGGAAAAAUCUACGAAUUCGGACAAAUUCUUGGAUCUUGUGUGAUCAGUCUCGGAAUAAUCGUCGUCACUUAUUCCAAUAUAACAGAUCAUGUAUCAAAUAAUUCCAUCGCUUCAGAGCAGCCAAAUGGCGACCUGUUGUCUUUUAUAAAAGGAUUGGUCAUUCUAAUUGGUGUAACAAUGUUGACUAGUUUUCUAUCUCUCUAUAAUGAGUCGUCCAAUAGGAUAGUAUCCAAGAGUAAUGGUCAAGCCAAUUGGAAGGAGAAUCUACUCUAUUCGCAUCUCUACGGACUUCCAUUUUUCCUAAUCAUGUCGAAGUCACUUUUCAGUGAGUAUCAAUUGAUUGAGAAUCUUCGAAAGAAGCACGAAUACGGCAAAUAUUGGUGGUUACUACUGGUUAACAACGUUACUCAGCUCUUAUGCGUCACUGGAGUUAAUAGAUUGGCUGUGGUGACCAGUGCAGUUACCCUUGGGGUGAUUUUACUAAUGAGACGAUUCAUCAGUUUACUAUUGAGCAUGAUAUUAUUCAAGAAUCGACUGAGUCCACUGGGUAUUAUGGGCACUCUGAUGGUGUUUAUAGGUGCUGCCAUCUACUCUUAUACCGUUGGAAAGAUCAGAGACGAGAAGAGUAAGAAGGAUUGA